AUGUCGAAAUUCUGACAGACGUCGUUUGGUUGGGUUGGCGUUUGGGCUCUCUUUGCUGGUCAGUCUUUGCGUAGUCCCGCCCUGCACUGUCCAGUUGUUGUAACGUCUCUUCUUGUCGGUGUGUCAGUCCCCGAGUACCCAAAAUGUGUGACGCCAAGAUCACCAAGAUGUCGAGCAGGAAAACCAAGGGACAGAAGACGAAGAAGCGCGCCCAGCGUGCGACGUCGAACGUGUUCGCCAUGUUCGACCAGGCGCAGAUCCAGGAGUUUAAAGAGGCCUUCAACAUGAUCGACCAGAACAGAGACGGUUUCAUCGACAAGGAGGACCUGCACGACAUGCUUGCCUCUCUCGGUAAGAACCCUACCGAUGCGUACCUGGAAGACAUGAUGAACGAGGCACCAGGACCUAUAAACUUCACCAUGUUCCUCACCCUGUUCGGUGAGAAGCUGAAUGGAACUGAUCCAGAGGACGUCAUCAAGAACGCCUUCGGGUGCUUCGACGAGGACGGAAGUGGAACGAUUGACGAGGAGCGGUUGCGCGAGCUGCUGACGACGAUGGGAGACAGGUUCACGGACGAGGAGGUUGACGACAUGUUCCGGGAUGCGCCCAUCAAGAAGCAGCAGUUCAACUACAUCGAGUUCACCCGCAUCCUGAAACAUGGCGCCAAGGACAAGGACGAGCAGUAAAGCAUAGGAAAAAAAUUGUUGUGUUUCCUGUUUCCUGACCAACCUUAGAAAAAACUGCCGAUCCUAGUCUUCUCUUGUGCGGACCCCUGCAAGAGACAUGAAUUUUUGGGAGCUGAUCGACAUUUUCUAGCUUUAUGAUGACACCUGAGUGAUGAUAUGUUUUAUAAUCGGUUUUCCAACAUUAACAUUGAAAAUAGAAGUGUCCUCAUGCAAGUUAUACUUUGUUCAACUGUAUUCUCCAAGUUGGAUCACUAGAGAUCGCCAAAGUGUAAUAAACAAAGAAGAAAAAAAGGUCAUCCCUACUUACCUGUCCUAAUUUUUUCAGGAUUGAAACAGGAAACACAACAUUUUUUUUUCUUUGGCCUAGAGAUCAUUGAGAUGGAAGGAGUGGCUUUGCUUUUAAAGCUGAACCAGAUUGACCACUGUAUACUGUAGUUGUGCUACCGAAAAUAGUUUCACCUGGUUGGUAGAGGAUAAGCUAUAGGGAUUUUCUUUUAGUGUUACCCAACCAAACUUACCUUGCUUAUGUUUUCAUCAGAACUCCAGUCAGAAGUUCUGAGGAAUUGUCUGAUAGACAUCUAAAGGCCAAAUGUAAGCAAGGUAGGACAAGUUUGGUCAUGUAAAAGAAAACACCUAUAUCUUGCAGUUGUGCUAGGUGUGCUCAUAUCACACUCAAAGACAAAGUACACUUAGCGGCCUCCACCAGACCUUCCUAAGGGGUUACACUUAUAACAACGGGGGUUCAGAAAUGGUGAAAUAGAGAGAAUAAUUGGCCAGGGGAAGUACCCAAGCGGAGGGCAAAAUGAAAGUUAGGGCAGACUUUGCCUAGUGUAUGUCUUGGGCUUGGUUACUGGUCUGUUGACCAUUGAAAAAAGGAUCAUGUAAUCCAGCAAAUGCUGGGAAAGAUUUCAGAAUUUUUGGACAGUGCACAAAAAGAGGCUUAUUCUCGAAGUCACGUAAAAGUGUUUGAAUUCCCUCUAGGCAUUGAUAUGAUGUAAUGCACCUGUGAUGUGGUGAAGACAAACACAGUAGACUUGUGAUGACUGGUUCAGCUUUUUAAGAUUGAAGAAAGAUCCUUGUAUUCCAAAUUAUACCAAACUAUAAUUAUUAUAUCAGUAAUUAGAAACAAGCAUUUUAAAUGAUAGACCAAAUCAGUGAGUACAAUGGAGAAAUUGUAGUUUUUUUUUGGUCGAAUUUUGUAUAUCUUCUAUCCUUCAUAUCUUUUUAUAAUAAUGUGCCAUUAAUGUAGGAUUACGACUGCUGCAUUCUUGGGUCAAACUAGGAAAACAGCAGAGUUUUCAUACACAUAUGGCCAGAUUGUGAAUUAGGCAUAGUUUAUAUAAUAAUCUUCAAGGCUUAAGAGGUUAAGACACACAGAUAUCUACAUUCCAAUGUGAGUUUAUUGCUAGAGUACCUUUAUUUCAUGCCAAACUGGUUGCUCAACUCUUUGAAAAUAUUAGAUGUAUAUUCACUCUGUAUUUAUGCUGUAGCCACCCCCUUUUGUGCUGAAGGUAGGGCCUCACUUGGAUACCGGUAUGAGACGUGCUAGUUUCUAUGCAAUAAAAUUUCUUUCUGUA